AUGGAUGUCACUUUUACAAAGUUGGGUUUCCAUGAACCAGAAACUCUCUCUGGUUUGUUAAUGGCUUUUCAAGCCCCUGAAGAACAGAGCAAAAGCACAGGUUCAUCAAGCCCCAUAAACACCCCACCAAUUUCAGGCACGCUCAAUGAUCAAGGGAAGGUACCAAUUGCUGAUAUUCUAGAACAAACUGAUCAUGGAACUUAUCCAAAGAAAGAAACGGCAUACCCAAUUUCAUUAGCUUCUUUGGAGAUUCUAAAUUCAUAUAGCAACUUGUCGAGGCGCCUUUCCGGUAGCUCUGCUGUAAAACAGAGCACCCAUGUCGACCCUCCAAUCGGAGGAGAGAAAAAGCUCUCCACUGAAGAAGUGAUGAGAAUUGCAGGAGAGCAGUAUCUCACUACGGGUGAAAACCUCUCUUCUCCCUCUAUUCGUGACAGUUCAAAGCUUUCUCACUUGACCAAAGAAGAUGUUAAAAACAUCGAGCUCGCCAACCUUCUUUUAUCUUCAGCUGAGAAGAUAUCAAACCAGCAAUAUGAUAGAGCAAAGAGGCUUUUGAUGGUGUGUGAUUUUGAGUCUUCACCAGUCGGUAACCCCGUGCAACGACUGGUUUUCCAUUUUGCCGAUGCUUUGUGGGAGAGAGCAGAGAGAGAAACUGGGAUGAAAUCUCUCAAGCCUGAAUAUAUAGAGAGAGAAGCAGAUGUAGAUAAAGCGUUAAGGGGUUAUCACCCAGUUGUAUUGGCAAUUUAUCAGGCCGUUCCUUUUGGAAAACUCGUGCAAUUUACAGCAAGCCAAGUAAUAAUUGGUGCCCUGGAUUCUGCAACAAAGAUUCAUGUAAUAGACCUCGAGCCGAGAACAGGCAUGCAAUGGACUAUACUCAUGCAGAGCCUAUCAGAGAGGUCCGAGUACCCUGUUGAGCAUUUGAAGAUAACCAUGGUAGGUGAUUCCACAGGAAAAAUGGAAGAGACAGGUACCCGACUGCUCAAUUUUGCCAAAACUCUGAAACUCCCCUUGGUUUUCAAGUUGAUUACUGUUUCAAAUGUUGAGCAAGAUAUGAGAGAGGACUUUUUGAGCUAG